AUGUCUUCUGAGAUCAACACGAGUCAAGCAGACACCACUCCGACGGCUCACACGAAUGUAGUCGUCGAAUCUCAUUUCGCAUGGGCGAGUUGCACACCUUGUUCUGACGCGAACGAGGAUUGUAAGACCUCUAAUUCGGAAACAGACCUUUGCGACAGAUGCUCCAAAAUUGAUCCGUCUACAUGUUAUACCGAUUGGGAAGAACAUCCUGGAUCAACUCAUGGUGGAACAAGCACCAGUGAUGUGCAUAGAGCUUCCGCCAAGUAA